AAGAAUUAAAGGAUUUAGUAACAAAUUGGCGCUCGUUUUCAGCGUGAAUAAUAAAGAUCGAGUGAGAGAAAGAAAUGCAGAGAGUGAGGAGAUCAUCUCUCCCCCUGGUCUCCGUCCCCUUCCUGUAACCGCAGCACACUCCGACCAAAUGUCUCUCCUUCCCAACUAUAUCCCUUGCACACGAUCCGGCGGUUAAUCCACCGGAAAGUUUUCCAGCGGUUUCUGUUUCUGUAUCUAUGGAGCUCUUCUGUCCCGAAGAUGGAAGCCACCUUGCUUUUUCCGACGAAGACGAAGACGAAGACGAUGAAGCCAAUGAAAUCUCCAUUUUUUCGAACGGCCCCUUCCUCUCUCAAGCCGAUGACGAAUAUAUAGAAGCUCUCGUCUCCAAAGAGAUGACCUUUACAAAAUCAAACCACUCCUCCUCCGGCGAUCGUCUGCACUGCGAGAGAUUCGAAUCCGUCCAUUGGAUACUCAAAAUGAAGGCCUGCUUCGGUUUCAGUUCACAGACCGCGUACCUCGCAGUGACUUACUUGGACCGGUUUCUCCACAGGCGGACCAUCGAUGAGGGGAAGAAAUGGGCGAUGAAGCUUUUAUCCAUAGGUUGCUUAUCCCUGGCGGCAAAAAUGGAGGAAUGCACGCCGCCACUUUUGACAGAGUAUCGAUUCGAAGAUUACAACUUUAGCAGCAAAGUGAUUCAGAGAAUGGAGCUUCUUGUCUUGGAUACAUUAGAAUGGAGACUGAACUCAGUCACUCCAUUUGCUUACCUUUGGUAUUUUGCAUCAAAAUUCCACUUUAAGAACUGCUCUGGAAAGCUACUCCCUAUAGCUAUCCGAUUCAUCUUUGUGGCGGUAAAAGCUAUGAAUUUGAUUGAUUACCGCCCUUCAACUAUAGCUGCUGCAGCAAUCAUAGCUGCAUCUGGUGAGGAAUCAACUAAGAAGUUAUUCGAAUCUAACACUAGCGUGCUCUCACUGCCUGAUCCUUCAGAAAGAGAGCAUGUAUUUACCUGUUAUAAAGCAAUGAUUCGCGAGUCACAAAAGGAGAAAAAGAGAUCACAAAAGGUAUUACUUUCACUGGAAAUAUCAUCAAACGGUGCAAAUCUACAAAACUCGAAUAAUUUCAUCGAUAUCACCAAUUUAUCUUCCACCAUCAAUAAGAAAAGAAGAAUUCAAUCACCUCAUGGUUAGUACAGUAUUUCAUAAUAUGGGAAUGAAAAAGAACCUUCACUGUUUUAGCUUCACUGCAAAAAAGAUGGGAGAGAAAAAGUGAAAACUUUUUUAGCACCGAGUCCCAAAGCCGACUGUACGUUUGAAAAAGGAGGAUGAAACGGAAAAAGGUUGAAGGCAACAAAGAAACCAUUGAAGAGUGUUUGGUGGUAAGCUUGGAGCUCGAAAGCUAGCCUUUUUUUGGUUUACAGCCCUUGGCUUUCCUUGAUGUAUUUUUACCCGUUAUUCAUUGCAUUUUAUUGCAUUUCUUGUUUUUCUCUGAUGGAGUUUGAUGUGUAAAGAUGCUGAUAGAGAAUGUGCCCCUAUAUAUAUAUUUUUUUUGAAUUGCAGCUCUAUUUAUGAUUAACAGCUUUAAUGGUGUUGGAAAAAAAGGUGAUACAGUGUAAUUUGACUUAUUCGAAUAUUGGGAAAGGAUGAAGUUACUAUUAUAAUAAUUUUAUUUUAUUUUUUAUUUUAUUUUUUUGGGAAAGAUGAGAGUCCUGGGUCAAUUAUAUCAUAUAAGGGAGAUGUAAACAGUACAGUUUAAAAAAUUAGCUAUUGAAUAUUUGGCUUGUGCAGAACAAAAUAAAGAAACUAUAAUAGAAAUAGCUAUUGAAAACUAGCAGCAUGUGGGUGGCUAAUUAGUCUUUACUUGCUACGAUAAGUAGAGAUCCAAGAGGCAAAAAACGUUUUUCAUCGAGUCUUACUUAUAAUUUUUUAAAGUAGUACUCAUGUUUUUUUAAAAUACUAAUUUGUAUUGAUAUUAAGCUUGUAUAAACACCCGUGAUAGUGGUUGAGGAUUUAGUUCCCCAAAAAAAUCAACAGAUGCACUUCAAACUGUUAUCUUCAUCCAU